GUCCUGUCUUCCAUUGCAGCCUUCAUGGCGUUGAUGGCUCUGUUUUUUCUUUACCUCAGUAACAAGCUGUCAGUGGAGAGUCCAAGCAGUCUGUCACAUCUCAGUGACUAUAAGAACAACAAACCAGUGCCUCUGAUGAGCUAAUCUAGUGGUCAGCUUGGUUGACGGAUUCCCGGCUGCGAGAUGGCCUUCUUCAAGAGCUUCCAGCAGAACCUCCCAUCUGUCAACAUUUCCUCCAUCUUGGACUCGGUCAGCAGUCGCGUGGACGACCUGGCCAACACCGUCAGCGAUGUCACUUACACUGUGAGCGACCAAUUGACAGAGCAGGUCACCACCAUCAUCAACAAGGUGCAGGAUGAGAAAGAGGGCGACAACGCAACGACCAGCAGCGCCGGCCAGGAACCCGGUCAGUCUCAGCCGGCGCCGGAAGGAAAGGCCAGAAGCAAAAGCAUUUGGCAAAUAAGUCUAGACACAGAAGUGACUAACGCGUCCAACCAAUCCAAUGACACCACUGAAGCAGAGUACGCCCAGAGCCAGCUGGAGUGGGAAUGGAGGGAUGGAUGCUGGCGAGUUAAAAAGACAGAAGCCGAGUUAGCAGAGGAAGAGAAGAGGAAGAAGGAGGAGAAGGAGUUGGAGGAGCAAAGAGAGCAGAAGAGAAAGGAGAGAAGAGAGAAGAGACUGGAGAGAGAAGCCAAGUCUCAGAAGAUGAAGAAGGAAGCUCAAGAUGAAGAGCAAGAAGAGGAGGCGGAAGAAGAGGAAACAGAAAGUAGCCCACAAGAUGGAAACCAAUCAGCAGCUCAGCGUAUGAGCGACGACUGCAAUGAAACUAGUCGUUCAUCUGAAAGCGAAAGGUUAUCAAAACAGAAGAAGCAAAAAGAGGAGGAAGAACAGGAGGAGGAAGAGGAGGAGGAGGAAGAGAAGAAGGAAGAAAGCCAGGAGAAAGACGGAGACGAUGAGGAAGAUGACGAGCUUUCGAGAUCGUCCUCAAAGAAGAAAAAGAAAAAGUCAGACAAGAAGAAGAAGACUAAAGGGAAAGAUGCAAAAGAGAGCGUGAAGAAAGAGGAAAAAGCCUCAGAUGUGGAGAAGAAGAAGAAGGAAAAAGGCAAGAAAAGCAAAAAGAAAAAGAAAGGCAACCAAGAGGGGGUUUUAUCAGACAGUGAGGAGGACAAAGGCCCUGAGUCUGGGGCCCAACAAAGCUCAGCCUCGGUGUGGAGCAGAAAACAGUCCACGGAGCAGGGAGGCUACAGCAGCGAGGCCUCCAGUGAACGGGCCAACAGCAUCCAGAGGAUAAAGAAAGACUCUUCCCUCAAUGAGCUCCAGCCUCCCCCGUACCACGACGAAGGCAAGACGGUGUCCGCAACCUCUCGGUCCCGUUCAGACCGCGGGACGAGGAGGGGGUCGCCUCCACAGCGCUGUGACAGCCCACAGUGCUCCAGCGAGGCCAGUGUGGACCAGGACACAGAGAGCUACCUCAACAAAGGCUGUGAGGAGGACAUUCCCAGUGACAGCACCGCUGUGCUGGGACCAGAGGACGGCUCUGGUCCUCAUCUCCCAUCAGCCUACGAGCCAGAGCCCCUCGCCAAAUAUGGCACCCUGGACGUCGCUUUUGAAUACGACUCCAGUGAGCAGUGGUUGGCCGUCACGGUCACCGCGGCGACAGACAUCCCUGCUCUCAAACAGACGGGUAACAUCUCCUGGCAGGUCCACCUGGUCCUGCUGCCCACCAAAAAGCAACGGGCCAAGACCGGCGUCCAGAAGGGGCCGUGUCCUGUCUUCACGGAAACAUUCAAGUUCUCCAGGGUGGAACAAGACGCCCUGGGGGAUUACGCUGUUCGCUUCCGGCUGUACAGCAUCAGGAGGAUGAAAAAGGAGAAGGUCCUGGGAGAGAAGGUGUUCUACCUGACUAAGCUCAACCUGCAGGGCAAGAUCGCUUUACCUGUCACGCUGGAGCCGGGCUCGGAGCUCACAGGUUGUGGUUCAGUGGUGAGCGUAUCUCGCAGCGGCGGUGCUCUGUCGUACCGGUCGACUGAAGACACGUGUUCCCCAGAGAUCCUCCUGGGUCUCAUCUACAACUCCGCCACAGGGAGAUUAUCAGCCGAGGUCAUCCAGGGAAGCCACUUCAAAACCGCAGCAUCUGAUAAACCCAUCAACGGUCUGUUUUGCUGUGUGAAACAUUUUGUAGGGGGACAACUUUAUAUCAUGAGAGACACCUAUGUGAAGCUGACCAUGCUGGACUCCAAGGGGAAGGAGAUGUCCAAGUGUAAGACCGCCGUGUGCAGAGGCCAGCCAAACCCCACCUACAAGGAGACGUUCAUGUUCCAGGUGGCUCUCUUCCAGCUGUCUGAGGUGUCUCUGGUGGUGUCAGUGUUCUGCCGGCGGAGCAGCAUGAGGCCCAGGGAGAGGCUGGGCUGGGUGUCCCUGGGCCUCAACAGCAGCAGUGAGGAACAGCAGAGCCACUGGACAGAAAUGAAGGAGGCGGAGGGACAGCAGGUCUGCCACUGGCACACACUCACUGACACAUAAGAGCCAGACUUGGGACUAAACUCUGACUUACAGCACUCCCCUAGAGUUCAGGGGCAGCAGGAAGCACCUUUUGAAAUGUGUGUGGUGUGUGUGGCAUACAGACGGUGUGUGAGGAUGGGCAUGUGUUCCCAGUCCUCACUGCCAGAGACUGCAUGAAUACCCUUUAAUCUGUCAGCCAGACACUUUACUCUGAGGUGGGCACGCUGACUUUAUUGGCAAAGGUGUGAGCUCCAGCCUUUUUACUGACAGAACAAGGUAAUAACAGGCUGAAAAUCAAUGAAAUUAUGACUAAACCGACAAAGAGACGAAAGAAACUGCAAGUCUUCAAAUCCUUCCGCCUACACAGCAACAACUGCAUGUACAGUAAGUGUUUACAGACAUUUUCUGUCUUUGAAUCGUGGACCAAAGAGCUCGGUCCAGGACUAGCAGACUCCUCCCUGAUUCUUCUGGGCUUUUCUGGAUUUCAGCUGCCACCAGCAUACCAGACAUUUCUCUAUCAGUCGUAGCCAUUGACAAAGAGAAUGCAAUGAAUAGACUGUUAAAAAAAAAAAAAGGGCCUAAUACAUGCUGCAACUAUGCUUACAAGCUAUGCUUUGUACAGUUUGUUUACAUGCACAUGACAUUAUGCAAUAUUCCAUUCAUUGGUUUCCUCUUUUGGAUUCUUACUCAUCAGUGUUUUGGACUCUUUCUGGGGUAUCUACGACUCAAAGGCAGGAUCUUUUAUAUUGUGGUCUUGCAUAACACACUAUGCAUCUGACGCCACUUUAAACAAGAAGAAUGAAAUCCUGCCUUGUGCUUCCAGAGUCUCUGUGGAUUCUUACAGAAUUGGACACAGCUCUGCAUGCCACUGGUAUCAAAGAGCGGCUUCCUUUCCUGUGUAAUACAGAUUGAGCCUGUUUCACCAUUCAGCCUUUUGACAACUCAGCCAUGUUCAUUCAUGUAGAAACACGGUGCUUCCCGCUGAGGAGGAAUAUGCAAGAGCUCGUACAGACCAAUAAACCUGGAGGUUUCUCUGAGGCUGUUUCCUCCGACGACAGUGAAGAGAGCUGGAGAUGAUAAAUACAGGAAAAGGGCAAAUCACAUUUUCUCAUUACGAGCGAGUGGAAGAUGUAUUAUUAAAUGAAAGCUUAAAAUAAAUAAAAACUUUGUCCAGAGAUGUGAGAAAUCUGAUUAUACUUGUGCUGGAGCAAAGCCAAUCUUUCUCAUCAGCUAUGAGUCAGAAAAUCCCCAUGUCAUGAAAAAAAAUGACUACUGAAGGCUGCACAGACACACCCUUGUUUCAGUAAAAAGAAUGAAACGUUAUCCCCCGACUCUGCUGGCUGAAGCCAAGGGGUGUGGGACGCAGUUUUUUUUGUUUCUCCAUGUCCCACUGAUGUCAGAGCUGAGCCCGUUGUCUGGGUUUUAGGGCUGUUGUGACCACACCUCAUCACUUCACACUCUUUUAAUCUGAUUAUUUCAGCAUCCGGAGCGUUAAAUUGGAAUUAUAACAAGUUAAAGAUCAUGAGUUACCUGGUAAAAAUCUAAGUAAUGAACCCUUUUUAAUUCAAUUCAAAGUUCGUUAACUGAAAAGCCCUAGAAACAUGAAACUCAACCACUAAACGUCAGUGAGGAACAGCUUAAAUAUAACAUGAACUUAGAUUGAUUUUCAACCACUACCACCAAAACAAAUCAGUAUCUGCAAGUAUGUCCUACAGCUUGUUUUUUUUUUUUUUUUUUAACUGAACAGAAUAUAUUAGGAUGAAACAUUCUGCAAUUUAUAGAUAGUAGCACAACCUGAUAGAAGCCGAUAUUUCAUAUUAAGUAUCAGUUUUAAUAAUGAACACUGAAGAGUUGUUUUUUUUCUUCUUUGAAACUAUCAUAUUGUCACCUUCUUAAAAUAAAGGCCUAAGUCAUAAUUUUCAGGUUUUUGUAAAAACAAAAGAAAAAUGUCUUUUGUAACUUAAUUAGAUACAGUAUAAAAUACAGUCACCACUAUUACAUGUAUCUACAAUAGUUCCAAAAAUACUUCCAAAAAGUGAUUUUUCUGUUAGCGUUUCUGCCAGAUGAAUAAUUUGCUUGUGAUUGCAAAAAGAUGAACAGUAUCUUUUGACGAUCUUUCAUCACAAGUUUGCUAAACAUUUGUGCAUUAUCAGCAUUUUACAGAUUUUUCAAGUAAAGUUCAAGACACUGAGAGCGAAAAAAAAAGAAGAGAGUCAAAUGUUUUUUUAACAAUGUUGAGUGUUUUAUUUCCAUUCAUCUGGCCUUCAAUGGUUAUGUUUGACGCUGUCAUCAGUCAUCAGUCUGGUACAAAAGCGUUGCAGGUGGCUGGAGCCUCGCCCACAGUCGUGGAUCAGACCCAGGAGCACAUACUUUCACAAUUCCUUACAUCUAGCAGAAGGACUGCAGCCUUCAAGGGAAUUUUUCUCCCUUGUUCAGAGUCACGGAAAACCAGCUGUGCCACAGAUAUGAGAGUGGGAAACUGGGAGCUUAAAUUACCAGCUGACCCGCUCUGUGCCUUGAGGACAGGUUUAAAGGCAGCCAGGUAAUUACGAGGCCCCUGAAGCGCCAAUAAAAUGUUUAGAUGGGAGGAGCCAGCGUCUAGGAAACAGUCUGGUUUUACAACGAGGGGAGCAGGAACUUUAGGCUGCAAUUUUACAGUAGUGUCAUGAGGAAACUGGUACGGUUUUAGCCAAACUUGGCCAAUCAGAUGUUCAGAUUUUAGUGGGAGAAGUUAAAGGGCUGCCUAUAUAUUCAUUAAUGAGUCCAAUUUUGUGAUGUUUUAAUGGAUCUUUCUAACAACCAGACCACCCUACAUCUCAUCAAAAAGCUUCUUGCUCAAACUACCAGUGGCACAAGCUAGUUUUUCAAGGCUUUACACUGAAAUAUGACGGCACAGUCACACUGGGACCUCUCACUGUUGUGACAUAAUAAACUACUGUUCUGUUUGUCUUGUUGCAUGUGUCCUUAUCAUUUCUUUUUUAAAAAAAAAUCUUUUUUAAUAAUAUAUUCAAUAAAUAUACAGGAACCUUGGACUUACGCGCAUUUAUUUCAUAAAAGCAUCCUCACAGCUAGAGCCUCAUUCAGAAAUAACACUUCUUUGAAUAUCUUUUUAAAGGGAUUUGUGGAUCUUUUGCUUGGAAUAAAGAAAAAUAGGUCAAAUAAAGGACAUGAUGGGAUUGGCUCUGAUGGACUGACUCCUGGUAAGGUACCAUGGAUAUGGCUGUACCAGACUGCAUUUCUUUAGCAAGCAUUCACACUGUGCGCUCUGGCCCGCAAGUUACGCUGGAAAAACAGCAGACAUCGUACCUAUUUGGCAAAGAAAACAUUCAUCAAGCUAUGGUAAAAAAAA